AUGGAGAGGUUAGGAUACAACACCCAACCUGGAGUACACAGUGUUCUCAGUGUGAGGGGGACACAGAAUACUACUGUAACACGUGUGGACAUGAGUUGUGUCUACAGUUGUAAAGAAAGACAUGUCAUUGAUCUACACACCAAAAACCAUGAUGUUGUGAUUUACCGUGAGAAUCAUGACCACAUUACAAAACAAAAAGACCUAAAUCUCCAACAAUCAUCCAAAGGUGUUAAAAAAGCCAAGAAACUAAGGAACUACAUAGUCACUGUGACCGCUUCAAUUCAUCAUUUCCUAAAGAGACCUCGUGUACAGAGGUUGAAGGACACUCCUAGUCUCACACAAUACGCCCUGGUCUGCCUGAUUGCAGAAAUCAACAUAGAGGAUUUGACUGAUUUGCUGGGUGAAAGCCAAAUGAUAGAGGCACGGAAAAGACAAGGUGACAUACUACAUCACCUGGCGGAUGUAAUUAGCGUGUGGGGACAACACACAGUGAAUAUUACUGGUGAUCUUAUCUACGUAGACAGGGAUGAUAAUGUUAUCAAACUCUCUAAAGAUAACAGAACAAAGUCUACAUUGAUAAAGAAAACAGAACAAUGGUACAACAGUGUGUCUACUCCUCCCACCUCAACGGCGAUUUGCUGGUCGGUAUGCGGCCGGUCCUACAAUUCAGGACGUCAUAAACAGACAAUACGGCAUGGCAACACAGACCAGGAACUGAUUUCCGAGUCUAUCUAUAUCACAGAGGAGCGCAAUGGAGAUGUAAUUGUGUCUGACCGGUUACGUCGUGCUGUUGUAGUGACAGACAGUACAGGUAGACGUCGCUUUUCCUACAAAGGUCUUCCAUCAGGAGCACGAAUAGAUCCACGAGGAAAUUGUACUGACGCGCUGUCACACAUCCUGGUGUGUGAAG